UAGGAUUUGGGCCAACCAACUAUCCGCCAACCGGCCCUUUGAUCGUUUUUUAGGUCUCCGCUUCGAAGCGAACAGCAAAACUCUUCGGCGAUCGAGCAGACGAAGAGAAGAGCGAGGCCGGAGCGAAGAAAAGGGAGGAGCGAGAGAUGUAUCAUCCUACACGAGGCGGCGUUCGAGGCGGUCGAGAUCAAUUCAAAUGGGAUGAUGUAAAAGUUGAUAAACACCGAGAGAACUAUGUUGGUCAUAGUAUCAAGGCCCCUGUUGGAAGAUGGCAAAAAGGAAAGGAUUUAUUCUGGUAUACGAGGGACAAGAAAUCUGAGGCUUCCGAUAUGGGGGCAGUCAAAGAAGAAAUAAGAAGGAUCAAGGAAGAGGAAGAACAGGCUAUGCGUGAGGCUCUUGGUUUAGCUCCUAAACGUGCUAACCGACCCCAAGGCAAUCGACUGGAUAAACAUGAGUAUGCAGAACUUGUGAAGAGAGGAUCAACUGCUGAGGAUUUGGGUGCUGGGCAUGCAGAGGCGGCGCAAGUUCAAGGCCUUGGCUUAUACAAGUUGCCCUGUAAUCAAACUGAAUCGAGCUUUCUACCAGGCAAAUUGAAGGAUAUAGCACCUGACAGGGACAAUGAAGCUCCAAAGGCACAAAGUGACGAAGAAGUGACUGAGGAGGAGAGCAGGAAGAAGCGGCACCGUGAAGAAGAGACUGAGGAGGAGAGCAGGAAGAAGCGGCACCGUGAAGAAGAGACUGAGGAGGAGCGCAGGAAGAAGCGGCACCGUGAAGAGAGGAGAGAAGGGAAGGAGAAGAGACGAGAGAAGCAUAAGAGAAAAGGGUCCGACGAAUAUGAUGACAAGCGGAAGCACCGUAGAGAGAAGGAAAAGAGGCGGCAUGAUUCCGACUGAUUAUGUUUGUAACAAUCUUUUGCUCUAUUUGUUUGCUUCCAGUCUGAAAAUGAUUACGAGCCAGGAUAAUACUUUGUAUGGGGGCCAUUUUAACCUUGCUUAUGGCUUGUAAUAAACGCUGUAAUCUUGUUUCACCUGAUUGCUGCUUAAGAUUUCAUGUUCGGUUGGUAUAUUUUAUAUGCCUCCAGCCAAGACGGAUUCAAGCUCAGGAAACAGGAAUCGGUUACUCCUUUUUCGCUAGGUCCUUUCCUAGUAUCAAUUUAGUAAUUUGAACACUUUCCAACAA